CAGUUUCCUCGACGGUAUAAGCGCACCCUGAAAAUUCAAGAUGCAGACCUAUCAGCCCGCGUACAGAUAUCAAGCCCAUGCCGAUCGGUGGCAGAAUAUCCAGCAAAGGGAUGCGAUCCAGGUUCUCUACCAUGCCAAAGGUCAACUGGAAACCACUCUCGAAUGCAUAGGGUGCUUCCGAGGUGCACUGCCGACGCUGAGAAUCACUGACGACGCGCUACUCCAGAUCAAACAUACGGUACAUCAAGUUAAUGCAGCGAUGGACACGAUGCGCCAUUGCCUGAGGGACAUAAGCUUCGAUCCGAGGAAUCAAUGGCCACAACCCAUCGCUCCUUUCGCGGCAGUGAGUUCCCUCAUCUUAGGAGUCAGGAGGAAAGAUUGA